GUUAGAUAAGACAUACAAAAGAAGAGGACGGUGCUGAACUCGAUGAUCUUGGCAGAAGUAAAUUAAUGUCGUGCAGCUCGGUCGUUGGGUAUCGUGCUCGAGAAACAGGAUGAAGAUGAAGAUCAUCGUCCAGACAGUCUGCGUUGAGCUCCAGAUGAAUCCUCGUCGUCGUCUAAAAGAUUGUAGAAUCAGAAUUUCUACGUCGUCGUCCUCGGUUUCAUCUUGAUUCUCAUAGUACAUGCAUCGUCGUGCCUUCAAAGUUUCACUACAGAAUUGCUUUGCUGCAGCAAAUCAUCAAGUAAAAGUAGAUCUACUACUGCUCUAGUAAAGGUGGCGGAUAAGGAUGUGUUGAGCAAGAAGAUGGUGCGCGAAAGGAGUUGAUGAUGGCAAAGAAGUAAUGAUGGUGAACGAGAGUUGAAGAAGAUGGUGCGCUCGCUGUGGAAAAUCGGUCACAUUGAAUCUCAAGAAGUUGAUCUUCCACCUUUGAAGCCAUUUCACCUCCAAAUUUCCCCACCUCCAGCAACGACCUCAUUCACAUCGUAUAUCAUUUCACAUCCGUCUUAUUUAUUUACUCAGAUAACAACCAGUGACUGGCGUGAAAAAAAUGUUGGUUAUACACAUUGACAUUUUUUCUAGUGUUGUAUAGAGGCCUGGUGCUCAUCGCCCAAAGCAAUCAUGAUGACUGAACAGUUGAAGAAAGCUUUUUAGUUUGGUAUCGAAUGUGAAUGAUCUGAUUCAAAAUCCUCUUCACGCAAUAGUCUGCGAACAACAUGAUUCAAAAUCCUCUGUAUCAUCUAACCACUACCACCGACACAUAGAAACAAUUCUUGAAAGUGGAAAAGUUUUCCACCUAGUAGAUACCACUACCACUUGUUCCACAACGACCGUUUUUCCUCUCGACAAGAGUAGGUACAAUCAUCAACUCACAUCUCCCUAUCGAAAGUGAUUCAUUCUGUCCUCGAUCAUAGUAGAAUCUCUUUUCUUCAGAUUUUUUGCCCAUCAUUACCCUACAACCUUGAAUCAUUGAACAUCGACGUAAAAGAAGUUUUCAUGUCCUCGUCUCUCAGCGGCCGCGUUCCCCCAUAUUACUAAGCGUGAAGAGGACAAGCGAACACAACGAACACACGCGGAUCUCCAGUACGUAUUGUGUCCCAACCUAACGCCGUAACGUGUACAACGUAUUCCCCAGUCUCAGUCCCCAGUCGCUCGGCUUCAAUUAGCGAAAUCAUCAAGCAGAACUUCUAGUACUACACCACGUGCAGAUCAUCAACUACUCGUCGAGGUCGUCCUACUUGUACUACGAUCGUCUGCUGCAGCUGCGUGGGAAUUAAAAAUAGAGUAGUCAACUUGAUUCAAUCCAUACAUUCUUCUAGUAAACCAGCGACACACAAGAACCCACAAUCAGACAAGAUGAAUCUGGUUUUAUUUUGGUAUUCGGAGCUCCAGAUGGAUGUGGACAGCAAGGGGAGGAAAGGCUGGUUCGUCGAGAUCCCUCCUGGGGAUGAUCGCUUCACACAUAUAUUUGAUUAUGGCACUCUAUAGACAUUUGAUAUUUUAUUUUUACUUUUACUACUCGUCUUAUUUUUGAUGGUCUUUCUUACAUUCACUCUGCCCUUGCUUCUUUUGAAGAGCACAAGUACUACUUGUCAAGUAGAUGGUGUAGGUGGUUGUAGAGCAGCAACUUUUUUAUAAUUUAACUUUCGUCUAUUUCUAACCCCCUUAUUCGUUUUAUAGCACCAUUGCUCAUGCUCUUGGUCUUGCUCUAAUCCAAAGUCCUGAAUCUAUCGGGACACGUGGAUCAAGUGGCGAAAGUCGGACUUGUCAACGGUAACACGGGUUUGGCAGAGAUGGAAUGGGUCACAUAUCCAAGAAACGAUUUGCUUAGGUACUGCGUGCUCACAGAUGUCACAUUUAUUUGUGGUGAUCAUUGAUUGUAUGUCCGAUAUGGCUGAAGGAUAUUUUGUGAUCAUUGUAUCAUGUCCGAUAUGUGAAGAUCAGUGUAUUAUAUCCUAUACUUCUUGUUGUACCAAUUGAAUCGCAAUCCUAAUCCUAUACCCGCUAUCCCAAUCCUAUACCUGCCAUCCGUCCUAUACAACCUGCUAUCCCGCCUCCUAUCCAACCUGCUAUCCCUCCUAUACCUGCUAUCCUAAUCCUAUACCCGCUAUCCCUCCUAUACCUGCUAUCCCUCCUAUACCUGCUAUCCCUCCUAUACCUGCUAUCCCUCCUAUACCUGCUAUCCCUCCUACAGUACCUGCAAUCCCAAUCCUAUACCCGCUAUCCCUCCUAUAGUACCUGCUAUCCCUCCUAUACCCGCUCUCCAACUACCAGGGCAAAAUUGGACAAUGGUGACGUCCAAUACCCUGUGUACUGCCACGUAACGAGCGCGAAUCAUGCUACAACACCGAAGGGGUCUGAAGAGGAAGCUGGAGAGGAUGACAUUGACCAAAAGACGCUACUGGCAAACCGUGGCCGCGGUCGGGAGGACGAUGAGGAUAGCUUCUUGCCGUACUUCCUUGAUAUUAUAUAAAAAAAAUAAAUACUUGUUGAUGUUGCACGACAGUUCUUGAGACUUGUCGUACUUCCUUGAUAUUAAAUACUUGUUGAUGUUGCACGACAGUUGAGACUUGCCGUACUUCCUUGAUAUUAAAUACUUGUUGAUGUUGCACGACAGUUGAGACUUGAAGAGAUGUCUAAAUUCUUAUUUUAUCACUCUUAGUAACUACAAGGAAAAGGACAUCUUCUGGGAAAUCUUUUGUUCAACAUUUACUUCUACCACCACAACUACGACAAAUUUCCACCUUCCGCCUACCACCAUUCUACACCUAAUACUACCACCUACAACAGCCGCAGGAGCAACUAGGACAUCAACUACCUAGUAUCACUAGACCAAAAAAUCAAGAACAACUGCCACUCGACCACACGAGCAACUACGACAUCAACUACCUAGUAAUAGAAGUAUCACUACACCAAAACAACGACCAAGUAAUAGAAGUAUCACGACUACACCAAAACAAAACAACGACGAAACCACAGGUACAUUGUCGAGGGUCCUACGAAGAUGGUGUGUAAGCGUGUGGGUCCACACUAUGGUCGCAAGGAACCAGGCUUCAACCUCGACGGUUUCAUUGCCGCAAAGGCGUCGAGGAGCAAGAGGGACGAUGACAAUGGAGGGCAGCCGGCGCCCAAGAAACAGCGUGGAAAUGGAACCGAUUAUCGUGGAGACAAAAGACUCGAAUACUUCAUUCGCAGGUAAUUUCAUGAGGGUUAUGUUGAAGAUAGAAUCUAUGUAUAUUUUAGAUAGAAGAAGUUCUCGUCUCAUCUCUUUGCUGAAAACACAAACAGCUUUAUGAUCGUCAAGAAUCUGUGUCUCUCCUGUGUACGGUACUCCUUUCUAGCACUAACUACAACAUCACAGCUUGAAAGUGAAGUUUCGUUUCAUUCCGGAGCGUCUAUAUGGCGACCAUGAGAUGCCUUUGACGCGUAAGACGUUUUUUUAUGGCUCUCACUAUAAUGCAGCUGUGACUGCUGCGUCCUUGAAGAGUUGCAUGGGGGAGCAUCACAUCCAUGGGAAAUUCUACUGUGACAUACUAAGUAUUUUUUUCAAGGAUGACGCAACAUAUUUAUUUCAAGGAGUACGAUACUUAUUGUUAUUUAUUUCAAGGAUGACGCAGAAGUUCUAGAGAGAUGAGCUAUGUAUUGCUAGCUCUAAUUUUUCCUACGUGGACUACAGAAAUUAGACCCGAAUGCGCGGAGUUGGGGGUUCCGCAUUCGGGUCUAAUUUCUGUAGUCGUUGAAGUUGAGAGAUGCGCUAUGUAUUGCUAGCUCUAAUUUUUCCUACGUGGACUACAGAAAUUGGACCCGAAUGCGGAACCCCCAACUCCGCAACCUAUUCGAUCGCCACUAGCUAUUGGUGAAGAGGCUGCAGCCAGUUAUAUGGUGCCUCCGGCUUUUACCUUGGGUGCGAUGAGCGAUGUUAACAUGCAGCUUGCUGCGGAAAUCACGAACAUGCUUAUGACGAUCAACAAGAUACAUGAUCUCGUAGUCCUAGUGCUAGUCCUAGUACUUCUAUCUUCGUAGUCCUAGUCCUACUAACUUCCAUACCCUUUCGUCAACAAUGAUUCCCAACUACAAUGAUUCCCAGCAAUCUCUCUGAGUAGAAGAGGAAUCUUUGUCUCCAAGAUGCAGAUAAAUCAAAAACAAUCUCGUCAUUUAUCUUGCAGGAAUCUCUAAGCUUUCUUCGAACGGAGUGACCAGUCCACCCAACAGUCCAAGCAAAAUUGACCCACUGGUCAACAUGUCCUCGAUGUCUCCAAUGGUGGGUUUCGAUCAUGCUGGAAGUUUCGCCUCCCAAAUGGCGUUGGCGCAUCAGGCUGGACUUGUCCGUGCUGGGAGCAAAGUGACGGUUCAAGUUCCCAUGAGCCCACUUUUUCAACAAACGAAUAUCGGGCGACCACGAAAGGAAGGAGUCAAUUACAUCUACUACAAGGUACAAGGGCUACUGCAUCUUGAUCUUCUACUUCUGUAUGUAAGUACUUACACAACUUGAUAAGACACAACCAGUUGGAGUCGAACUCCAAGUCACAAUUACAUCUUCUUGUACGGCUUGUACUUGUUCUCCAUCUCCACCAAAACCAAAUAUAGUACAGCUAAAGUCUAUUAAGUUGCCUCAAGUAGAACAAAAUGAAAAUUGUUAUUUUCAGGGCGCUACAUUGCCAAGACUGGGUAGUCACGUUUUACUUAAUUAUUUUCAGGGCGCUACAUUGCCAAGACUGGGUAGUCACGUUUUACUUAAUUAUUUUCAGGGCGCUACAUUGCCAAGACUGGGUAGUCACGUUUUACUUAAUUAUUUUCAGGGCGCUACAUUGCCAAGACUGGGUAGUCACGUUUUAUUUAAUUCAUCUUCAGGGCGCUACAUUGCCAAGACUGGGUAGUCACGUUUUAUUUAAUUCAUUUUCAGGGCGCUACAUUACCAAGACUGGGUAGUCACGUGACGGACCAGUACGAUGAGAGCACGCGUUACCGUUUGUUUUACCACAAUGAUGGUGUCACGGCGACUAUUCUUAUGUUCACAGUUCUUGGUCAAGGUCAUGUCGUGUCGUACUCAUAGUUAGUACUCAAGUAGAAGACUCAACAUAGUACUCAUAGUACUCAAGAUACUCAUAGUUAGGACUCAAGUAGUAGAACAGAGGCUCGCUUGUUUCUCAACAUAGUACUCAUACUCAAGAGUACUCAAGAAGAACAGAGGCUCGCAGCUUAAAAAUAUUUCCGUUCUUUUUGCUCAGAAAGUGCUUCUGUUCUUGAGGGCCAUGAUGAGCAUCCUUUUUACUUUCUUUCAUAGUUUUGUCCGAAGACGAUGGCCCGAACAAGCUUCUCUCGUCCGCGGCCGCGUCCUCCUCCGGCUCAGCCUGUGAAUCGGAAGAGGGGUCGAGCGCUUCCAAAGUCCGAGGAGCCCAAUCAAAAGCAGGGGGAGUGUUCACUUAUGAGAGUGUUCUUGGUGACUGAAAUCAGAGAGCUAGCUUAAUAGGGCUAUUCUUUCUUCAGUUCCUUGAAGAAUAGUCCUAGUCACAUCUUCAAGAAGGAGAUUCUUCUAGAAGUAGUCCUCUCGUCUUCAAUAUGUCACCACGCACAAACACCAAGAGCAUCUUCUAAGCUUUUGGCGCUUCCGGUAGCUUGGAUCCACUAG